AUGGCACCCCAAUGGCACUUUACGUUUGAAUCCCUUGAGAAGUAUAUGAAAGUGGCCACAAAAUCAUGGGCCACACACGACGUGGGUACUCGCAUUGAGGCGUUCGCCAUUGCAGGAUGCGACCCUAUUAAUCUUCUCACUUCUUCAAAGAAAAAGGCCGAGUACUACAAAACCAAAAUCAGGGAGCUUAUCGCUUCAAAGCUCCGUGAUAUCACAGGAAACCAAAAUGCUGUAAUGCAAUACAGCCGCUAUGAUGAAGACAUUGUCAUGCGUUAUGGAGUAGUUCUAGAAAGGUGGACUUACGAAAAACUCAUCAACCCUAGCGCCCUUAGCACAUCCCUGCCAUCUCUCAAAAUGUUGCACGAGGCACUUAAGAAAGGUGACUGUAAGUUUGUUAAGUUGACAAGCGAACAGAAGAAGGAGUGGGAAAAGGCCUACAUGGAACGUGUUCAAAAGGGUGAAGUAGAAUGUUGUAAACGUAAAAAACGAAGUGACGCAGGUGUGCGCCGAAAGACCAAGCGGGUAAGAAGCAAUGACCAGGUCUCCUCCGAUGAUGAUAAGGAAAAUGACAGUGACGACGGGGACAACAGUGCGGAUGCUAAUAAUUAG